UAUUAUAGAAACAGCCGGGCUUCAGGAAAGAGCUCAGUUUGUUAGUACAUGUAUAUCCAUAUAACUAUUAUAAUAUAAUACAAAAUAUUUCACAAUGGACGAAGACGUAGCAGCACUCGUUAUUGAUAAUGGAUCUGGUAUGUGCAAAGCCGGUUUCGCCGGUGAUGAUGCCCCAAGAGCUGUUUUCCCAUCAAUUGUUGGACGACCAAGACAUCAGGGUGUCAUGGUUGGUAUGGGACAGAAAGACAGUUAUGUUGGAGAUGAAGCCCAAUCCAAAAGAGGUAUCCUCACCUUGAAAUACCCCAUUGAACACGGUAUCGUCACCAACUGGGAUGAUAUGGAAAAGAUCUGGCAUCACACUUUCUACAAUGAACUUCGAGUUGCUCCAGAAGAACAUCCCGUCCUUUUAACUGAAGCUCCCCUCAACCCCAAAGCCAACAGAGAAAAGAUGACCCAAAUCAUGUUUGAAACCUUUAAUUCACCAGCUAUGUAUGUUGCUAUCCAAGCUGUAUUAUCCUUGUAUGCUUCUGGUCGUACCACUGGUAUUGUACUGGAUUCUGGUGAUGGUGUCACCCACACUGUACCCAUCUAUGAAGGUUAUGCCCUUCCCCACGCCAUCAUGAGAUUGGAUUUGGCUGGUAGAGAUUUAACCGAUUACUUGAUGAAAAUCUUGACCGAGAGAGGUUACUCAUUCACUACCACAGCUGAGAGAGAAAUUGUCCGAGAUAUCAAAGAAAAGUUGUGUUAUGUUGCUCUUGAUUUCGAACAAGAAAUGUCAACGGCUGCCUCGUCAUCAUCUUUGGAAAAGAGUUAUGAACUUCCUGAUGGUCAAGUCAUCACUAUUGGUAACGAAAGAUUCCGAUGCCCAGAAGCUGUUUUCCAACCAUCUUUCUUAGGCAUGGAAUCUUCUGGUAUUCAUGAAACAACUUACAAUUCUAUAAUGAAAUGUGAUGUUGAUAUCCGUAAAGACUUGUACGCCAAUACUGUAUUAUCUGGAGGUUCUACCAUGUAUCCUGGUAUUGCCGACAGAAUGCAGAAAGAAAUUACAGCCUUGGCUCCCCCUACAAUGAAGAUAAAAAUUAUUGCACCACCAGAGAGAAAAUAUUCCGUAUGGAUUGGUGGCUCUAUUUUGGCUUCUCUCUCGACCUUCCAACAGAUGUGGAUCUCCAAACAAGAAUAUGAUGAAUCCGGUCCAGCUAUCGUUCACAGAAAAUGUUUCUAAACCAUCAAAUUCUCCAGUACAUGUACUAGCAAGCAUCUUUGUGAUAAACUUUGUCUGUGAAACUAAAUCUAAAAUGAAUUAUUGAAAUAAAAUUGAACUAUAUGUUAGUCCCGAAACUAAAUCUGAAGCGAAUUAUUCAAAUAACAUUUAACCAUAUGUUAGUCUGUGAAACUAAAUCUGAAGCGAAUUAUUCAAAUAACAUUUAACCAUAUGUUAGUCUGUGAAACUAAAUCUGAAGUGAAUUAUGAAAAAAAACUCCUAAUACAUACCCCAUCUGUUGAAUUAUAUUAACUUAAUCAUUUUAUUGUUGUUGAAUAUACGUACCCUUUUUUUAACAAAAUUAUUAAAAAGAUACUUUUUUUUUUACUAAGA